AUGGCAUUACGUUUUGACGAUCAGGUCAUCGUCGUGACUGGAGCUGGCUCGGGCUUGGGAAAAGCGUACGCGUUAUUCUUCGCUUCUCGAGGUGCAUCUGUUGUGGUAAAUGACAGUGAUUCAUCGACCGCCUCACAAGUAGUUCAGCAGAUCAUCCAAGCCGGAGGCAAAGCAGUACUAGACAGCAACAGUGUCGAACAAGGAGACAAAAUCAUCGAUACUGCUCUCAGUAAAUUCGGUGCCGUACACGUCUUGAUCAAUAAUGCUGGCAUACUUCGCGACAUUUCCUUCGGGAAGAUGACAGACGAGCAGUGGGACUCGGUCCACGCCGUACACGUCAGAGGGACUUACAAAACUACGCAAGCAGCAUGGAAAAUAUUUCGAAAGCAACAGUACGGCCGUGUGAUACUCACAUCUUCAGCUGCUGGACUGUACGGCUCUUUUGGUCAAUGUAAUUAUUCGGCGGCAAAGUCAGCCAUGAUCGGUCUGGGCGAGACACUUGCCAAAGAAGGAGUGAAGUACAAUAUACUAACCAACAUUAUCGCUCCUAUUGCUGCAAGUCGUAUGACGGCCACAGUCAUGCCUGAGAAAAUGCUUCAACACCUUCCUCCUGCUUGGAUCGUUCCAUUGGUGGCUGUUCUUACACACAAGACAAAUACAGAGAAUGGUUCUCUCUUUGAGCUAGGAGGUGGUCAUAUGUCCAAGCUGAGAUGGCAGCGAGCAGGCGGAGGUCUGCUCAAAUGCGACGAAACGUUAACACCGGGUGCGAUUUUGAAGCAUUGGGAUGCAGUGAACGACUUCUCUCAAGCCGAGUAUCCCUCGACCGUGGCAGACCUUGUCUCCAAACUGAAAGAGUCUCAACGCCUGCCACCUAAUCAGUCAGGGUCGGACGUCCGUUUCGACGGAAAGGUUGCUGUUGUCACUGGAGGAGGAGCAGGCCUUGGGCGACAAUACUGUCUCUUGCUCGCAAAGCUCGGUGCCUCAGUUGUGGUCAACGACGCUGUGAAUCCAGAAAGUGUCGUAGAGGAGAUCCGUAAGAAUGGCUAUGGUCAAGCCAUUCCUAUCAAAGCUUCAGCAGAAGACGGAGAGCUCCUGAUCAAGACAGCCAUCGAUGCCUUCGGCCGCAUCGAUGUAUUGAUCAACAAUGCAGGCAUACUUCGAGACAAGUCGUUCCAAAACAUGAACGACGAAGGCUGGGACGCUGUUUACAACGUCCAUCUUCGCAGCACAUACACAACCGCUCGAGCUGCUUUCCCAUACAUGAAAAAGCAAGGAUACGGUCGUAUCGUAAACACCACCAGUACCUCAGGAACAUAUGGUAGUUUCGGGCAAAGCAAUUACGCUGCAGCAAAAACCGGCAUAGUCGGCUUCUCCAAAUCCCUAGCCCUCGAAGGCAAAAAAUACAACAUCCGAGUCAAUUGUAUAUCGCCAUCAGCAGGAACAGCGCUCACCAGAUCCGUGCUUCCCGAAGAAGUCGCACAAGGCCGCAAACCUGAUUACGUUGCACCGAUCGUACUCCUACUGUGCUCGGACCAAUUGCCUUCCGGCGUCGAUGGACAAAUAUUCGAGGCUGGCUGUGGUUGGCAAGCGCAGACAAGAUUGCAGCGAUCCAAGGGAUAUGAUUUCAGUCUGAAGGAUGGUGUCGCGUCUCCUGAAGAUUUUCAGAAGAGAUGGCACGAUAUUGUGGAUUUUACGUCUCAGACUGCUGUUCCGGAGCUUGCUUCAGAUACUCGGAUGAGGAUCAUGGCGAAUAUCGAGCGAACGGGCAAGCAUGAUGGCGUAGGCAAAUCGGCAGUCAAGCUAUGA